UUGGCCUCCUCCCGGAAUCACCCCACCACCAGACACCUCAUUCCUGAGGGAAAAGAAGGCAAGGAGGGAAACCAAAAAAGAAAAACAAGCCGAGUGAUCAUCCUUCCUGCAAUGGCGGCCUCAGUCGAUAAACGCCAGUUCUCCCACCUCGAGCCUGGCAUGAACGGCGUCGUCCGCUCCUUCAAACCUGGCCCCAACCAUGCCUCUAGGACUGACUCCUCCCCUUUGCGCAACCGCACCACCACUGGCUUCACCCGGAAGAAGGUGGCUUUCUUCAAUGAUAAUGCGGAGGAGGAGGAGGAGACAUCCAGUGAUGACGAGCUGAGUGAGCUCGAGACCUAUCGGGAUCUUAUCAAGAAGGGUAACAGCGAGCUCGAGCCGUCCACCUUGGACGCCCGUGACGAGGGGACCGCCGACCAUUGGAUCGAGCGCCACCCCACCAUGGUCCGCCUCACCGGGAAGCACCCCUUCAACGCGGAGGCCCCGUUGGGCCACCUCAUGCACCACGGCUUCAUCACCCCGGUCCCGCUCCACUACGUCCGCAACCACGGCCCAGUGCCCAAGGCCGCGUGGCAGGACUGGACCGUGGAGGUCACCGGUUUGGUGAAGCGCCCGACCCGGUUCACCAUGGACCAGCUCGUUAACGACUUCCUGGCUCGCGAGUUCCCCACCACCCUCGUGUGCGCGGGGAACCGCCGCAAGGAGCAGAACAUGGUCAAGCAGACCAUCGGGUUCAACUGGGGCCCGGCCGGAGUGUCGACCUCCGUGUGGCGGGGCGUGCCCCUGAGGGAAGUGUUGAAGCGAGUGGGGAUCAUGAGCCGGAAGAGUGGGGCCAUGAAUGUAUGCUUCGAGGGGGCCGAGGACCUACCCGGGGGCGGCGGGUCCAAGUACGCAACGAGCAUUACGAAGGAGUGGGCCAUGGACCCGGCCAGGGAUAUCAUCCUCGCAUACAUGCAGAACGGCGAGCCCCUCUCACCGGACCAUGGUUUCCCCGUCCGUAUGAUCAUCCCAGGAUGCAUCGGGGGCCGGAUGGUGAAGUGGUUGAAGCGGAUCAUCGUUACCACGAAGGAGUCCGACAACUACUAUCACUAUAAGGAUAACCGCGUCCUGCCCUCUCACGUAGAUGCCGAACUAGCAAAUGCCGAAGCAUGGUGGUAUAAGCCGGAGUACAUAAUAAACGAGCUGAAUAUAAACUCCGUGAUUACGACGCCGUCGCAUGAGGAAGUGUUGCCCAUCAACUCGUGGACGACCCAGCGGCCUUACACGUUGAAGGGCUACGCGUAUUCCGGUGGAGGGAAGAAGGUAACACGCGUCGAGGUUACAAUGGACGGAGGCGAGACGUGGCAGGUUUGCGACCUCGACCAGCCGGAGAAGCCCAACAAGUACGGGAAAUACUGGUGCUGGUGCUUCUGGUCCCUCGAGGUCGAGGUCCUGAACCUGCUCGGGACCAAAGAGAUAGCAGUGCGCGCGUGGGACGAGACACUCAACACCCAGCCCGAGAAGCUCAUCUGGAACGUCAUGGGGAUGAUGAACAACUGCUGGUUCCGGGUGAAGACGAAUGUGUGCAAGCGCCACAAGGGCGAAAUUGGUAUCGUGUUCGAGCACCCGACCCAGCCCGGCAACCAGUCCGGUGGAUGGAUGGCCAAGGAGAAGCACCUAGAGCUAUCCACUGAUGCAGGCCAGACCCUGAAGAAGAGUGUCUCCACACCUUUCAUGAACACCUCCUCGAAAACGUACCCCAUGUCCGAGGUGAAGAAGCACAACUCGGCCGACUCCGCCUGGAUUAUAGUCCACGGCCACAUUUAUGACUGUACCAAGUUCCUGAAGGACCACCCCGGUGGUGCUGACAGUAUCCUCAUUAAUGCUGGGACCGACUGCACUGAGGAGUUCGAUGCAAUUCACUCGGACAAGGCUAAGAAACUUCUAGAAGAUUACCGGAUCGGCGAGUUGGUAACUUCCGGUUAUACUUCCGAUCAGUCCACGGCUUCUUCACCCAAUAACUCCGUGCAUGGCUCAGGAAACUUAAGCCACCUAGCUCCAAUUAAGGAAGUAGUCGCACCUAUAAGGAGCGUUGCUCUCGUUCCACGAGAGAAAAUCCCAUGCAAGCUCGUGGCCAAGACUUCCAUUUCUCAUGACGUCCGGGUAUUUAGGUUUGCUUUGCCGUCGGAAGAUCAGGUCCUAGGGUUACCGGUCGGAAAGCACAUAUUUCUUUGUGCAACCAUCAAUGAUAAGCUUUGCAUGAGGGCGUAUACACCAACGAGCAGCAUCGAUGAGGUCGGCUAUUUUGACCUAGUCGUCAAGGUUUACUUCAAGAAUGUGCACCCGAAGUUCCCGAAUGGAGGGAUGAUGUCACAAUACAUCGACUCACUACCAUUGGGGUCCACGUUAGACGUGAAGGGUCCUCUGGGACACAUUGAGUACACCGGUCGUGGGAACUUCACGGUCCACGGGAAGCCCAAGUUUGCCAAGAAGCUAGCCAUGUUAGCCGGUGGAACGGGAAUCACUCCCAUCUAUCAAGUGUGUCAAGCGAUCCUCAAGGAUCCGGAGGACCAGACCGAAAUGUACGUCGUCUAUGCGAACCGAACGGAGGAUGACAUUCUGCUGAGGGAUGAGCUGGACGAGUGGGCCAAGAAGCACGACAGGUUCAAGGUAUGGUACGUGGUGCAGGAGAGCAUCAGAGAAGGGUGGCAAUACGGUUUAGGGUUCAUCACCGAGGACAUUCUCAGGGAACAUAUUCCGGAAGGGUCCGCAGACACGCUGGCUCUAGCCUGUGGGCCCCCGCCAAUGAUUCAGUUUGCUGUACAACCGAACCUGGAGAAGAUGAACUAUGAUGUCAAGGAUUCCUUGCUAGUGUUUUAGAUGAUUAAGAUCGAUCCAUCGAUCGACCAACGGUGAAGGACGCACGUUGAAUUAAGAGAUGAGCUACUGUAAUAUGUGCAUUGUAAAUAUAAUAGCAUAUUCCUUGUAUUUGUUCGUCUCUUUGUAUAAUUAUUAAGUUUUCAUGUGUAUUAUUAGUUUCCGAAAAAUAAGAGAAGGGGGUGGGGUUUUCUUUUGACCUUUGAUAUUUUUCAACCAGCUCGAUGGUCUACUA